GAGCAGGCUGCUACGGCGCGGAACGGGGUAACACGUGUCUGGUCGUGCAACAGUGUGGAAAUCUGAUGAAAAUAUUUCGUGAGAAAAGUUCUUCACUUGGUCCGAUAUCUUAGUCCUUGCGUCAUGUUCUGCAGAAGCAUUAGUUGGUUCAUCUGCAUUUUGGUGGCCGUAGUCAUAGCUGCAAAUUGUAGUGACUCAGAUUCCAUUACAGGACCCGAUCUGGAAGUCAAUGUUUUACGCUUAAGAUCUGGAAACCCAGGACAGUCCACAGUGGAACCAGAAACGGAGGCUAAGGAGACCCCAACUGUGGGUCUGAGCGCCCUGCUGGACGCCGGGGAGGGCGCCGUGGUGACCCUGGUGGCCGGCGACGCGCGUCUUGCAGCGCACAGGGCUGUCCUGGCUUCCAGGAGCCCUGUGUUCGAAGCCAUGUUCCGCCACGACCCGCUGGAGGCCAGCAAUGGUCAGGUCGCAGUCCAGGACGUGGAGGGCCCAGUGCUGCGCCAGCUGCUGGCCUACCUGUAUACACUCCAGGCCCCCCGGCUGCCCAGCAUGUCUGCACAACUGCUGGCCGCCGCUGAUAAGUACGGCGUGUCGGCCCUGAAGGCAGAGUGCGAGCUGCAGCUGGCUGCACAGCUCUCCGUCGGGACAGCGGCGGCCACGGCUGCUCUCGCGGUCAGGCACUCCUCUGACAGCCUCAAGCAGGCGGCCAUUAAAUUCAUAAGGGCUCACUUGGUGCAGGUGAUUUUCACACCGGGCUGGGCUGAUGCACUGCGCUCCCAGCCUCAAGACAUGGCUGAUGUGUAUCGCCUGCUCUUGGAGACGCCAAUGGAAACCAGCGCGCCAGCUGUUGGAGACAGUGACAGCGGGGCCACCCCCACCACUGAGCCACACAGCGACCACGGCGGGACCCCUGCCACAGCCGCACCACCCACCACUCAACGCCCAGCCGCUCCACCUGAUGGCAAUGCCCUCUCUCACCUGCGAUAUGCUGACGCUCACCGAGAAGCCAACACUGGCACCCCACUGCAGACGCCGAGUAACACCACUGCACAACGUCAAAGACUGCCAGCAACUGCAGACGGCAGGACCACCCCCGCUACUGAGCUGCACAGCAACCGUGGCUGGACUUCGGUCACAGCUGCACCACCCACGACUCUGCACUCCACACUCUGGCCUGAUGGCAGCACCGCCUCUACUCUGCACACUCCAGCCUCUACAGAGAUCUCAGUCGCCCCCACCACUCAGCUGCAGAGCAACAACGGCGACCACAGCCAGACUUCCGCCUCAGCUACCACACCCACAGUUGCCAGCCCGACUCUCUCAACCGAUAGCACCGCCAUCACUCUGCUGAGCUCGCCAUCUACUGCAGUCAGCCGGACGACCCCCUCCACUCAGCCACUCAGUGACCACAGCUGGAGUCGCGACGCAGCUGCACUGACCACCAUGUCUACCCACGACACUCCCCCACCUGACAGCGUUGCCAUCGCUCUCCUGAGGACAUUAUCUGGAGAGGAGAAGGGCAGGAGGCUGAUCCAGGCAGCUAUUCUGGGCUCAAUGGAGGAGUUGCAGGCCCUGCUGGCGGCUGGAGUGAACUUGGGGGCGAGAGACAUGAAUGAGUGGACCCCCCUGCAUUGGGCAGCUGGCAGGGGAUACGAGGAGAUGGUGAGGCGUCUGCUGGCGGCAGGUGCGGACGUGGGGGCGAGGGACAAGUUCCAGCAGACGCCGCUGCACUUGGCUGCGUGGGCCGGCCGCCCGGCCGUCGUCAGCCUGCUGUCGGCGUCCUCUGCCGACCCCAACGCCAGGGAUGUGGACGGGUGGACGCCGUUGCACUCUGCAGCAUUCAAUGACGAGACGGAAGCAGCGACGGCGCUGCUGGAGGCAGGGGCCGACAAGGGGGCCAUAGACAACAAUGGGAGAACCCCGCUGGACAUCGCCAGACAGUACAACCAGCAGCAGGUGAUAGACGUGUUAUGAUCAACCUGUGGACUAAAAUAAAUAAACCUUUUUACAGUA